AUGGCGCACCGGAUUGUCGUCCAGAUAGUCCUUACGGGCGGUCGGGUCUUCGGACGGGCCUUUGCAGAGGCAUACAAGCAAGCGUCAGCCACGUCGAAAUAUGCAGCCCAGGCGCAAAAGGGAAAUAUAACCUCAGCCAAUAACAUCGCGUCGUCGGGCCUAACGCUCGAUGAAGCCUGCAAAAUCCUAAACGUCAAACCACCGAUGGGCGGCGAGGCGAACCUGGAACACACAAUGGAGCGCUUCAAGAAACUGUUCGACCUAAACGACCCGAAGAAGGGGGGCAGCUUUUACCUCCAGAGCAAGAUUCUGCGCGCCAGAGAGCGCAUUGAGAUGGAGGUGCGAGAGGCGGGGCGGAAGGCUGCUAUGGAAAAGGAAAUUAAGGAGGGGUGGAAACCUAAAGUGUUUAAAGACCGAUAA